UCAUUUUUCCUUAAUUGAUGUCCAAGAGAUGGAUGCAAUAGUGUCAAGUUUUAAUGCUUUUGAAACUAAGGAAGCAGACCCAUUAAUUCUAACAUGGGCAGUGUUUCUUUGUCUCAUUUCAUCACUUCCAGGAAAAGAAGAAAACAAUGUUCUAAUGGAGAUUGAUCAUAUUAGCUAUGUUCGUCAAGCUUUUGAAGCUGCAUCUUUGAGAUUUUUUCAUGAGAUCCUCGAGAGUGACUUAUUAAAUGAGUCAGAUGGUCCUGUUGCUGGUUAUCGAAGUGUAUUGAGAACUUUUAUUUCUGCAUUUAUUGCAUCUUAUGAGAUCAAUAUUCAAGUAAUUAGAUUAAGUAUCUUGAAUGACCUCAAGUUGUUUAUUUUAUUUAUAUUAAUAUUUUCUAUUUUGUCUAUGUUGCAGCUAGAAGACAGUACCCUUAAUUUGAUAUUGGAUAUUCUUUGCAAAGUUUAUUUGGGAGAGGUUUGGCUGCAUAAUGAUUGUCUUUCAGGGUCAUUUAUUGAUUAUUUGGUUGAUUUUUCAUUGGUGGUUCUCUUAAAGUUGACAUUUUUCUUUUCCUUUGUAGUUUUUUUAUUGGAUUUAUUGCUUUAAAUUUUUCAG